AUGAUCUUGGGUCGGCGAGAGUUCGAGUCCCGCCCGCAGCUCCGCCAAGAGGAAGAAGAAGCAACGGAGGAACCGCACCACCUUCAACAGCAGCCAGCUCCAGGCGCUGGAGAGGGUGUUCGACAUGGGCAUGGAAAGCCGGGUGGAAUCGCCUUCUCUUUGGCCUCCGGCCACGGAACGGGCGGGUGCUGGAGGCCGGUUUCUGACCGUUCUUCUUGGUUGUCUCUCUCUCUCCCGCGAACAGGCGAGAGUUCGAGUCCCGCCCGCAGCUCCGCCAAGCGGAAGAAGAAGCAACGUAGGAACCGCACCACCUUCAACAGCAGCCAGCUCCAGGCGCUGGAGAGGGUGUUCGAGAGGACGCACUACCCAGAUGCCUUCGUCCGAGAGGAGCUGGCGCGGCGCGUGAGCCUGAGCGAGGCCAGAGUACAGGUAUGGUUUCAGAACCGGAGGGCCAAAUUCCGCCGUAACGAAAGAGCCAUGCUCGCCAACCGGUCGGCGUCCCUGCUCAAGUCCUACAGUCAGGAUGCGGCCAUUGAGCAACCCAUGGCACCCCGGCCAACAACUCUGAGCCCAGACUACCUGUCUUGGUCAACCUCCUCCCCGUACAGGUGA